CUUCUCCUCACCACCUUGCCAUUAUUCUCUCUCUGCAUUCCAUAUUUGUCUUACGCUUCCUCCUCUCUACAACCCACCAGCUAUGGCCAAGAUCAAGAUCGGAAUCAAUGGAUUUGGAAGGAUUGGUCGGUUGGUUGCCAGAGUUGCUUUGCAGAGAGAUGAUGUUGAACUUGUUGCUGUCAAUGAUCCUUUUAUCAACACUGACUACAUGACCUACAUGUUUAAGUAUGAUUCUGUCCAUGGCCAAUGGAAGCAUCAUGAUAUUAAAGUGAAGGACUCCAAGACCCUUCUUUUUGGAGACAAGGCAGUUACUGUUUUUGGCGCGAAGAACCCUGAGGAGAUCCCAUGGGGUGAGGCUGGAGCCGAAUAUGUGGUCGAGUCCACCGGUGUUUUCACUGAUAAGGACAAAGCUGCCCUGCAUUUGAAGGGUGGUGCCAAGAAGGUCAUCAUUUCUGCUCCAAGCAGUAACGCUCCUAUGUUUGUUAUGGGUGUUAACGAGAAGGAAUACAAGUCAAAUAUUGACAUUGUUUCUAAUGCUAGCUGCACGACCAACUGUCUUGCUCCAUUGGCAAAGGUCAUCCAUGACAAAUUUGGUAUUGUUGAGGGUCUUAUGACCACUGUCCAUUCCAUCACUGCUACACAAAAGACAGUUGAUGGACCAUCAAUGAAGGAUUGGAGAGGUGGCAGAGCUGCCUCUUUCAACAUUAUUCCCAGCAGCACUGGUGCUGCAAAGGCUGUUGGGAAGGUGCUACCAGCUCUGAAUGGCAAGUUGACUGGAAUGGCUUUCCGUGUGCCCACGGCUGAUGUCUCAGUGGUUGAUCUCACUGUGAGGACGGAGAAGAAGGCCUCUUAUGAUGAUAUCAAGGCUGCCAUCAAGGCGGAAUCUGAGGGAAAUUUGAAGGGAAUCCUUGGUUACACUGAGGAUGAAGUGGUAUCAAGCGACUUUUUGGGAGACAGCAGGUCGAGUAUUUUCGAUGCCAAGGCUGGAAUUGCUCUGAAUGAAAACUUUAUCAAGUUGGUCUCUUGGUAUGAUAAUGAAUGGGGUUACAGCUCGCGCGUGGUUGACUUGAUCAGGCACAUUGACUCCACAAAAUGAGGAGUUUUGGACCCAGAAUUUUCAGCUCAGCAAGGGCUCAUGAGAGAUGAUUCGAAAUAACAGUCUUGGGGAUGAGAUAUAUUACAUUACACCAAGACUGGUUAUAUCCAGCAUGCUGACUCUUCUGAUAUCUACGAUCCUACCAUCUUUUUUAGUUGUAUUGGUGUCAAACGGAACUUGAGAUUUCUUACUAAUAAUACCGGCUUUUUCUCCUUUUA